AUGAAUCUAAUUGGUAGUAAAGAUGAAAGUCUAGAAAUAACUAAAGCAAUCUUUACUGAAGUCAAAGUAACCUCUACCGAAAUAACCUCUGAUACCAAUAAACACAAAGGUGGCAAACCUCUAUGGGUUUUUAAAGAAAAUCAUUUUGUAAAAGAUGACAAACAAAAGUAG